UUUCUGAUGGGGACAGGGUUCCCUGUCCCCAGAAGAGGUGGGUGCAUGUGGAGCUUCCGCUCUCUCUGCUUGCGCUGGGACUCUGGCGCCACCUUGCUUUUCGCCCCAGGAAACUGUGCCCUGUUAUGAUGGAAAUGAUGGACAACAAGGGGGCUGAAUUGGAGGCGCUGGGGAGGAUGGCGGAGGAGGGGAAGGUGAAGGUGGUGGUGGAGAGUAGUGUGGUGUUUGAAGAGGCGAGAGAGGCGUGGCGGAGGAGCAUGGGAGGGCAUGUGACAGGCAAGGUGGUGGUUAGGAUGGAGUGA